ACGCCAUGGACAGGCUGGGCUCACCGUGUCCUCUGUCAGGCUACCUGCGGCCCUCUGUCCUUACAUGCCUCCUGAUCCUGACAGCUUCUUUCCUGUCCUAUCCAGUGCUCAGGACCCUUAGCCUGCAGCUCCAUUCGGCCGUCACUGGCAGCUACCUAUCCGGCACUUACUCCGUCGUCUUUGUCAAUUGUCCCAACGAGCAGAUUGCCAGAGAUAUUGCCAGGGCUAUCCUGGAUAAGAAGCUGGCUGCCUCUGUGAACAUCCUGCCCAUGGCAUCCUCUCUGUACUUCUGGAAUGGAGAAAUCGAAGAAGCCACUGAGUUCCUGUUGCUAAUAAAGACAAAGACUUCCAAGGUCCGCAUGCUGUCCAGCUAUAUCAGGUUCAUGCAUCCUUUUGAAGUCCCAGAGGUCUUCAGUCUUCCCAUGGACCAAGGAGAUGUGCGCUACUUGAAGUGGCUGGACGAGGGCACGGGAGAGGACUGAGUGGGGGCGGCUUGUCGCAGGUCCCGCUGGCCGCCUCUGGCCUGCAGCGCUGCACCCCCGGGGAGGGGGCCUCCUGCUGCCUCCUCGCAGCCCCGCAGUCUGUGUCUGUAUCUGCAUCAGCAUAGAAGAGCUAAGGAACUUGAGGAGGUGGAGGUCUGAGGCCCCUGAGGCUGGAGGAGGGGGCCGGGUUGAUUGGGCCACGCAGCCCAGUGGAACUGGUCUCUGAGUGCUUC